AUGGCAAACCUGGAUAUCAAUGCAAAUGUUAAUCACUUUUCCUCCACCCAGGAAAGGACAACCAAGCCACAGCCUCUGCCACCUCUGACCACUCACAGGACCACCUCCAGCACCGCUGCCAGCACCACCUCCAGCACCACUGUCUCCAGACAGGCAAUCUCCACCAGCAGCUCACAGCUGCCUCUCACCAGGACAUCUCCAACUCCCAGCUCUUCCCCUGCCCCCAGCAGCACUCUCAGCACCCUCCUCACCUCUCCCACCACUGCCACACUCUCCUCCACAGCAGCCCCAAACAGCAGCCCCAAGCCUACCCCUACCACCCUGAGCCCCAGGGCCUCUUCCACAGCACCAACUGCUGCAACAGAGCUCCCUGCAGCAGAGUCCUCUGCAGCCUCCACAGCCAAGACCAGCACAGUGCCAUGGGCAGCUGCUUCUGCUUCCUCAGCUGUGUCCUCAGCAUGGCCAAGCUCCUCCCACCUGGCAGCCUCCACCCAGGAAAGGACAACCAAGCCACAGCCUCUGCCACCUCUGACCACUCACAGGACCACCUCCAGCACCGCUGCCAGCACCACCUCCAGCACCACUGUCUCCAGACAGGCAAUCUCCACCAGCAGCUCACAGCUGCCUCUCACCAGGACAUCUCCAACUCCCAGCUCUCCCCGUGCCCCCAGCAGCACUCUCAGCACCCUCCUCACCUCUCCCACCACUGCCACACUCUCCUCCACAGCAGCCCCAAACAGCAGCCCCAAGCCUACCCCUACCACCCUGAGCCCCAGGGCCUCUUCCACAGCACCAACUGCUGCAACAGAGCUCCCUGCAGCAGAGUCCUCUGCAGCCUCCACAGCCAAGACCAGCACAGUGCCAUGGGCAGCUGCUUCUGCUUCCUCAGCUGUGUCCUCAGCAUGGCCAAGCUCCUCCCAGCCUGGUAAGGCUCCCUCCUGCCCUCCGUUUGACGUGCAGACGAUGAUGGUCAACACAGCCUGCGGCUGCUGUGCGCCGCAGCUGCUCCUGAAGCAGAGGAUCCAGCUCCCGUGCCAGGACCCAGACAACCCUGGGAGAAGGCUCAGCACAGAACUGGUUGUGUUGAAGGGCUGCGUGUGCAAGGCUGACAGCUGCACACACUAG